AGGAGGAAAGAAUUAGUCCACAUAAAUAUUAAGAUGAUUAUCGUCAAGGUGCUCAGCUCGCUACCCUGCUCAGACGUGGGUAUUACAAGUGAUUUGGCCAGGAGGGUGACGAUAAGUUUUAGGAUGUGCUGUGGGGAUGCCUUGUUUGAUCCAGCCGAUCUUCACAUUUCCUUCCAAGCGACGCAGGCCCAUUAUGAGGGAUCCACCUUCCUGAUGAAGCCAGCUGGCAGCUCAUCGCCGGCGACGGCGCCGCUCGCGAUGGUCUAUCUGGAAGUCAUCGCCCCUCCGGCCGAUGAGUUCGGAACCGCCGAGUUCAAAGCACAGCUGCUGACUCGUCUCAAGAAAGAGCUCGACGAUUGGAUCAGCUCUUCCUUCCAGUUCAAAUCUACUUCAUCAUCCACUGGCCUCAAUCCUUCGGCUCAAGCUGAACCGACUGGGCUUACCUCGGCUGUCGAAUUCUCCGACGUUAUCCCCGUGAUCGAGUAUAGACAGAUGCAAUACGGAUCUCAUGCUCUUGAUGGACAUAUCGUGGUCUCUCCUUAUGGUGUCAUGUAGAUACACUUAUCACCAUUACAGCAUUAGCAAUCUCAAAGUUCUCUCAUCCUUCUUGCAUCUAAUUACAAACCGAUUUGAAAAUAUAGAGCAGGUUUUUUUUGUAAUUGUUUCCCUAAUUAAUAACAACAA